AUGGUGAAGGGUCGAUUCACUGUCAAUCCGUUCAAGGAGCUGGUUCUCUCGUCUUCCGACGUGAACAAUCUGCACGAGAUUUCGAGCAUCAUCCUGGACUCGAACUUGUCCCGGUACGAAGACUUUAUCAAUGCUGACAAAAGUCGAGUCGACCCGAGCCACUGGAAGCUCGUGAAAAGUCGAGACAACACGCGAGUGUAUCAGGAGAAAGCGCCGAGCUCUGGGCGCAAGGCCAUGCCACUUCCGAAACUCGCUGGUGCUUCGUCCGAGUUGCCAUCGCUGCUCUGCGUCGGGACGACAAUGGGCGAAAUGGAAGACAUGAUGUUCGGGGUGGUGAACCCGACGCUGGAGGUCAUGCGCAUCAAGGCUUCGUACGUCGAGGAUCUGAGUGGCGCAGCCGUACUUGCUAACAUCGUGGAGCCAAGUGUCGAGAAGCCCUUCAACUCGCUCGUUGUCAAGUGGAUGGAGAUGGACAUCCCUCUCCAGUCGACGGGUCUAGUGCGGAACCGCGACUACAUUUACGUCGAGGCGACCAACUUCGUGCACCUCGCAAGUGGCGAGAAGGUUGGGUACCACAUCAUGCACUCGGUGGACUUCCCCGAGACUUGCGAUUUGCCAGGUCGAGUCCGUGCGAACUUGUCGAUCUGCGGGUUUUUCCGCCAAGUUCGGCCGAACGUCAGCGAGAUCUUCGUCACGGGUCUCAUGGAUCCAGGCGGUGACAUGAUCCGCAUGCUCGUGGUCCCGACCAUGGCGACUACGUUUCUAUCGACACUUAAGUAUGCUCACUGCGGUCAGAUGAAGAAAUUGCAGUACAUUCUGGAGAAACGCUAUGCUGAGGCGAAGGAACUGGGGACACCGAACCGAGAGCUCGUGUGCGUGACUUGCAAUGCGCACAUCACGAAUCGGAGACUUGGCGACUUUGGCAAGUCCGACGCGACGUGCAAACUCUGCUUUGGGUACGUGUGUCACAGCUGCAAGAUCCAGCGGAAGCUGAGCUUUGUGACUCCGGACUUGCUGCUGGCUCAGAGGAAAGUCACGUUUUGCGCCGUGUGUCUGAACGAUGCUAUUCGAGCACCUGCAGCCGACGCCGCCAGGGCUCAGAUCGUCACUUCGACUGGCGGGUUGUCUGGGAAACAACUGUAUAAUCACGGCUCCGAGGCGAGCACCGUUUCUGACUACGCGAGUAGUUGCGGGUAG